AUGCGGCGAAAGGUCUAUGGAAAUCUUUAUUGUUAUCCAAGUGGCGUGGUUCUUGCCAUCAUGGUGGCUCGGAUUUGUCAGGUCAUGCCUGCGUCUCAUCCCAACGUCCUUUUGCGCUUUUUUUUCUUGUUUUAUACUCAAUGGCUGAGCCGCCAUGAUCGUAUUUCUCCAGUCUAUAUUACCACAUCUUUAGAGUCUCGGGGUCGUAUUCCAGGCCUUCCAGACUCCUGGGAUCCGCGGCGUGACGCGUGUCGUGACGAUUUGUUGCCUGUUAUAAAUCCCGCAUACCCUUACGUCAACGACGCUCGCAACGUCGGUCGCUGUGGUUUGGAGGUGUUUUACGCGGAGUUAACAUACGCUUAUCGUCUCCUGUCCAAUUUAGAGACGCCCCUAGAGACGAUAUGGGAGCCUUAUCACAUUUUGGAUGAUUAUUCCACUUUUUUUGUGGUACAUGUUACUUGCGAGGAAGAAAAUGAAGAAAAAUUGGAGGCGGUUCUUUCCGUAUGGAGUUCCUACGUGCUGAGUAAACUUCGGAUUUUACUUUAUGCACUGGAGCGUAUUGUGGACGCUCGUCCAUAUCCCCAAAAGCUGAAUGAUGUUCCACCAAGGUCUGUACCAAAACCCGGCCGUUUUCUUAAAGGUAGUUGUUUUAUCGUAGGGAUAAAAGAGAAAGUUGGUAGGCGCUUUCCACAGAAGAAUAUGUUUUUUGAGGCGUUUGAUGAGCUAAGGUAUACUGUGUUGGAGGAGUGCAAUGCGACGAAGAGUGUGCGGGGAUUUGAGCGUGACGAGCGCACCAUGCACGAGCCAUGGUUUGCGCUAGUGUCCGCUGCAGAUCUUCUUCCUAUUCUAAAGGCGUAA